GGUGAUCUUCUUGGAGAUUACCAACAACAUGUACAUGUUGUUGCCGCUGAUGCUGGUUAUCAUGGCUAGCAAGCAGGUGGCGGACCUCUUCGGCCCCAGCGUGUACGACAUCGUGCUGGAGAGCAACCCCGAGGUGCACCUCCUCGAAGACGGGCUCAGCGAGGACCACCUGCUGGUCCUCGAAGGACUGACCGUUCACGACGUCGCCUCCACGGAGGUGAUCGUUCUGAGGUCAUUCGAGCCACUGGAGAAGGUGAUGCAACUGCUGUUGCAAACGUCAUUCAGGACGCGUACCCUGUCGUGGACGCCGAUGGCCGCCUGGUCGGCAUCGUGAACCGGACCAAGUUGCUGCUCCUGGUGGAGCAGAAGGAGCU